AUUAAAAAAUCGCUAUCACUAAAACUCUUAAAAAAAAAUUAAGUAUACAAGAGGGUGAAACUUUAUAGAGUAUAAUAGUCAAUAAUUAAGAAUUAAGUAGGGUCCCAUUUCCAUAUCCAUGAACAUAGCCUUUUAAACCAAAAUAUGCAUAUAAGAAGCAUACGAUGGUAGAACAUACAUGGUAGCUUCCAAGAGGAAGAAAUCACCAUAUCUCAUUAGGUGUGGUGAGCAAGAGCAAGGGCAUUAAUGUAGUGGAACAAAGAACAUAGAAUAUCUGAGAAUGUGCUUCUAAAGAAUCACUUCUCUCUCAAAUUCUCUUCUUACUUCUAUUUAACUUCCAUUUUAUGUCUUCUUUGAAAAUCUCACACUUGUUCUAACUUUGUAUAAUUCUAUCAUUUUCAUCAUUUCCAUUGUUUUUCUUCUCGAAAACGAUUUCAACCGAAUCCAUGGUGAAAUUCUCUAAGGAGUAUGAAGCACAACUUGUGCCUGAAUGGAGAGAUGCUUUUCUUGAUUAUUGGAAGUUGAAAGAUGAGCUUAAGAAAAUUCAAAUGUUUAAUAAUAAUAGUUUUGAUAAACAAAAUGAUGGGUUUUUUAAGUGCUCCUUUUUUCUUUCAUUUGGGAAUAUCUCUUCAUUUGGCCAUAAACAAAGCAAUGAUGGUGCCAUUCAUGUGCAUAAGAAGCUAGCAUCUUCGUUGAGCCAAGGGGAUCUCUAUGAGACACAACUGUUAGAGCAAUUUGGGGAUGUGGAAGGUGCAAGUGAAUUUUUCUCAUGUUUGGAUGAUCAACUUAACAAGGUGAACCAGUUUUAUAGGAUUAAGGAAAAAGAUUUUGUUGAGAAAGGAAACUCAGCAAUGAAACAGCUUCAUUAUUGGGUUAUAGCAGAAAAUGCUCUCAAAACUAAGAAGGAAAAUGCAUCUCUACAUUCCAAUGAUGAUGAUCCAUCCAUUUCAAGUCACCCCUCUUGUGUGGUAGAGUUGACUGAAAAAGCAGAGAAAAAAGAAGAGGAGGAAAAGGAGGACAAAAAUGAGAAUGAUUCUCAAGAAAGAUCGUCAAGAAGAAUGAAGAGAGAUGAGAGUGGUAGAAGCUUUUCAAGUAGGGUUUUUAAUUGUCAAGGUAAAAACUUAACCAUUAACAUUCCAUUGACAACACCAACUCAAGCAUUAUCAGCAAUAGGUUCCUUUGUUUGGGAAGAUAUAAUUGGACAUUCAACCAAAAAGAAAUCCAAUUCAAGAGGACAUCAUACCAACAAAACUAACCUUCAUCAUGCAAGAAAGAUGAUUAAAGAUGCUUUUGUAGAGUUGUAUAAGGGUUUAAGUUACCUUAAAACUUAUAGGAAAUUAAACAUGCUUGCCUUUGUUAAAAUUUUAAAAAAAUUUGAUAAAGUCACUAAUAAAGAAGUUUUGCCAAUUUAUUUGAGGGUGGUAGAAAACUCAUACUUUAACACUUCUGGCAUGGUAAUGCGAUUAUCAGAUGAGAUUGAAGAGCUCUUUGUUAAGCAUUUUGCUGAAGAUGAUAAGAGGAUGGCUAUGAAAUAUCUUAGACCAAAUCAUCGCAAAGAGUCUCAUGCAGUAACCUUUUUCAUAGGUGUUUUUGCAGGGUGCUUUAUAGCACUUAUGGCUGGUUAUGUCAUUAUGGCUCAUUUAUUAGGAAUAUACACAAAACAAUCAUCUGACCCGGUUUACAUGGAAACUGUAUAUCCAGUCCUAAGCAUGUUCUGCUUGUUGUUCCUGCACAUAUUCUUGUAUGGGUGCAAUAUUUAUACAUGGAAAAAAAGUCGAAUAAAUUUCGGAUUCAUCUUGGAGUUAACUCCAAUGAAAGAGCUUAAAUACAGAGAAGUUUUCUUGAUAUGUACAGCUUCAAUGACUCUUAUUAUAGGGGUGUUAUUCACUCACCUAUCCCUUAUAGCCAAAGGAUACUCAUCUACUCUUGUUCAAACUAUUCCAGCCUUUCUCUUAGUGUUCUUUCUUCUGGUGCUGAUUUGCCCCUUCAACAUUUUGUACCGAUCAACUCGGUUUAGAUUCCUUCAAGUCAUCCGGAACAUACUUUUCGCGCCUCUUUAUAAGGUUGUAAUGCUAGACUUUUUCAUGGCUGACCAACUUUGUAGCCAGGUGCCUUUGCUAAGAAAUCUAGAAUAUUUAGCUUGUUACUACAUAACAGCUAGUUACAAAACUCAAGAUUAUGGCUACUGCCAGAGGACUACAUACUACAGAGACUUAGCUUACGCGGUUUCGUUUUUACCAUACUAUUGGAGAGCAAUGCAGUGUGCAAGAAGGUGGUUUGAUGAAGGGCAAGUUACACACCUAGUGAACUUGGGUAAAUAUGUAUCAGCCAUGCUAGCAGCAGGAGCAAAGUUGGCUUAUGAUAAAGAACAGACAACAUUGUAUUUAUUCCUUGUAGUUGUCUUAUCAAGUGGUGCCACACUUUACCAAUUGUAUUGGGACUAUGCUAAGGAUUGGGGGUUACUACAAUUUCAUUCCAAAAACCCUUGGCUAAGGAAUGAAUUAAUGCUCCGCAACAAGUUCAUUUACUAUUUUUCCAUGGUGUUGAAUCUGAUACUAAGAUUAGCUUGGCUACACACGGUGCUUCACCCCAAUUUUGGAAAUGUUGACAGCAGAGUGAUUGGGCUAUUUUUAGCAGCUUUGGAAGUUAUUAGAAGAGGACAAUGGAACUUUUAUAGAUUAGAGAAUGAGCACCUAAAUAACGCAGGCAAAUUCCGAGCUGUGAAACAAGUACCACUCCCUUUUCAUGAAGUGGAUGAAGAUGAAUGAAAUGAAAAUGGUACUGGAAACGAAUACAGUUCUAAUUCAUGUAAUGUCACAAACACAUCCCGUAUAUUCCCAGGACAAAAUAAUUCAUUUGUGAAUAAAUUGUUUUCGGGUUUUGUCUUCGAAAAGCCAUUUCAUUUUCGCUUAGGAGUCAAGUUCAUGGUGUGGUUGUCAUGUACUAGUACUAUUGGAAUCUUAGCUUGUUCAGGUGAUUUGGUAAAUAUUCUUAUUCUGAUAAUGAAUUGUGAACCAAUAAAUUUUUUGGAUAAAUAUUUAUGAUAAUAAAUAAUAAUCCAAGAAAUGAUGCAAAAUGCUACAACAUAUUCUUGGGUUUAUGAUGCUGCACCUUAUAAUAAAAGUCUUCAAUCUGCAUCAAAAUUUUCAUUUUUUUUUUGGCAUUUUUAGGGUAAUUGGUUAGUUUGUAUUCAGCAAUACAAAUGUUGAGAUGACAAUAAGGACAUGACAAUUGAUGAACCCUCACAAGGAGUAUUUCAGUGGUGUAUUUCAUCAGUUAAAGUAUCCCAUUCUCAUACUAAAACAAGAAUGGAUGGUGACUAGUACCAUACAAAAGCUUAAGGUUUUCAAGGUCUUUACAGCCAAGCUAAGCCUAUCUCAAUCCUCUUAACAUUUAGGCACAAAAUAGAGUUGGGCAAGAUUAGGAGUUAGGUUGAUACAAACGGGUUGAACCCAGACAGUCUAAAUCAACCUGUUUAGGUACAUGGGUUUAUACUUAAGCUAGUCACAUCAUUCUGAUGAAAACAUCACCAACAAGUCUUGUACGAGACCAUUUCAUCAUGAGACGGGCCAUAUAAUUAAUUCAUUUCUUUAACUGAUCACUUUGAGAUUGUAAGUCAUCAC